AAACACGAUUAUACGUUAAAAUUUGUAUGAUAGCCACAGACCACAUGAUAGUCGAUAUUUUCUUGUGACGGUUUUAGAAGAAAAAAUUAAUGUGAUGAAAAAAUUUAUCUAUAACCAAAAAGUGGGCUUCUAGUGAUUGGGCUUGGGCCUUUUUCAGUUGUAAGGAAGUUAUCUUCUCUUCGUUCUCUGUUUUUUUUCUUGGGUCAAAAUCUUCUCUUCGUUCUCUAUCUUGAGGAUUUCUAGGGUUCUGAGAUUCAGGAGAGAGAUAACGAACAGCAAUGGCGAAUCAAGUGAUCUCCGGAAUCAAGGAAACGGUUCAAUCGAUCAACGGCGCGGCUCGUCCAUGGGGCGAUUUCCUCGAUCUCUCCGCUUUCAGCUUCCCGUCCUCCUUCUCCGACGCCACAACUCGCCUCACUCAGAACCUUGCUCAUUUCCGCAUCAACUACACCAUCAUCCUCUCCGUCCUCCUCGCUCUAACCUUGAUCACACGCCCGAUCGCCAUCCUCGCUUUCGUAGCCGUCGGCUUAGCUUGGUUCUUCCUCUAUUUCGCUCGCGAGGAGGCGCUCACCGUCUUCGGGUUCACCGUCGACGAUGGCGUCGUGGCGGUGCUUCUCAUCGUUCUAACGAUCGCAGCGCUAGUUACCACUGGAGUUUGGCUCAGUGCUCUCACCACCGUUGGAUUCGGAGCUCUGGUUUUGAUCUUACACGCGGCGCUGAGAGGAACGGAGGAUCUUGUGACGGAUGAUCUGGAAUCGCCUUACGGACCAAUGCUCUCUACCGCCGGCGGAGAUAACGGUGAUUACAGUGGGAUUUGAGCUACAUUUGGUGCUUGUAACUAAACUCUAAUUGUUUUCUUUGUGUUCAUUAUUAGACAUUGUUCAAGACGUUAAGGAAUCAAAUGAAAGUUUAUACGA